AUGCAUCAAGGUCAUUGGAAUGCUGAUACCACUGUCGACAGCGCCAGUCGCGUCAAGUUUGUCGUAGAGGGGUCAGCUUCGAGGCAGCUUCCACCUCCGACAGUGCUGGAAGCGCACCGAUUGGGCCAUCAAGAGAGCUCUCAGCUCCCUCAAAGGCCGGCGCCCGCCGCCAACAUUCCAGUCAUCCAGGGAAGUAGGGCCAGCCAGCGCCCCCUCCAGAGGCCCUCGGGGGAGGACGAGUCACCACACGCGUCAGUCGAUGUCACUGGCUUGAAGAUCAGCCGUUUCACUCCUCCUUCAUCGACUGAAUGGAAUAGCAAUCGGAUCGUCUACGGCGCCACAGCUAAAUGGAACGGCAAGGGGCGAUCAAGAUGUUACGCGCGGCAGAGAGCAAAGCGAUUGAUAUCCCUUCUUCGGCGGCCUCGUAGAAACUCAAAGUCGAACUUUUAUCGAGAAAACUUAGCCACUGCCUUCGAUUCUCCAUCAUCCAGAACCUUGGUCUCCGUGGGAGCUUGCAAUGAAUCGACUGUGAUCGGAAGCGACGUGCAGCGACUCAAUUUCGACAACUCGAGCGUGGCAAGCUUGUCGCUGGCUGAUGUAAAGGCACAGGAGCAUUCUACCGGUCGAUGCUGUUUCCGCUCUGCGAUGCCUGGUAACUACGUAUCAUCAAUGUUUUCACACGAGUUCAACCCAUUUGCCAGUAGUGGGGGCAAUCGAUCUGCGUCUCCCGACUCGCUGUCCGGUCAUGUCUCCCCAACCCUGCAGGGUCGGGACUCGGACAGCUCUUUUGAGCGGCCUCGGCAGUUUCGAAAUGGCAUUCUCUCGUCAAUACUCAAACUGCAUGAUCAGACUCGACGAAACUCGUCCUCUACUCGAGACCUGCUGGGGGACUCUCGCAACAGUAGCGUCUCUGACGGCUCCAGCACUCGGGCAGGCUCGUUGGAUUCCACAUGGAAGCCACAGCGACCAAAGAAAUGGUAUGAAAAGCCUCCAAGUCGGUCCAGCGGCUCUUUCUCCGGCUCUAGUAAGCUACCAUCACCCUUGAACCUCUUGCGACGGUCUCCCAGCAGUGGCGCUACUGCUGCCACGGGGUCUGGACCUCGUCGAUGGGCAAAACCUCGACUUGAAGAUGAGAUUCGCAUCACCAUUCAUAUCGCAGAGCUUCUCUCGCGGCAACGUUAUCUGGUCAAACUAUGUCGAGCAUUGAUGAAGUAUGGUGCGCCAACGCAUCGUCUGGAAGAAUCGAUGCGGAUGACAGCCCGUGUGCUGGAGAUUGAUGCCCAAUUCUUGUACAUCCCGGAUUGUAUGAUCAUUUCGUUCGAUGAUGCCUCGACACAUACCACAGAGGUCAAGGUUGUGCGCUCAGCCCAAGGAAUUGAUCUUGGCAGGUUGGCCGACAUCCACGAGAUCUAUAAGGAGGUGAUUCACGACGUCAUCGGCGUGGAGGAAGCUAUCCAGCGGCUUGACGCAACAAUGAAGCGCCACAACAAAUUUCACACGCUAUUCUUGAUCUUCAUACAUGGAUGUGCCAGUGCCUCAGUUGGCCCAUUCGCCUUUGGUGCGCGGCCGAUCGACAUGCCUAUCGCCUUCGUGCUGGGUUGUCUUCUCGGCGUCCUUCAGCUCGUCUUGUACCCGAAAUCCAGCCUUUACUCCAACGUCUUCGAAAUUUCGGCCGCAGUCUUGACAUCCUUUCUUGCGCGGGCAUUCGGAAGCAUUCGGUAUCAGGGCGAGCCGGUGUUCUGUUUCUCGGCGCUGGCGCAGUCUUCCAUCGCGCUGAUCCUUCCCGGCUACACUGUUCUCUGUGCCAGCCUCGAGCUCCAAUCUCGAAGCCUUGUUGCGGGCUCUGUUCGCAUGGUCUAUGCCAUCAUCUACUCCAUGUUCCUUGGCUUUGGUGUCACUAUCGGCACAGCUGUCUAUGGUCUCCUCGAUUCCGAAGCGACAACAGAGUACACAUGCCCCCCGAGUCCCAUUACGAACGAGUACCUGCAACGCUUCCCAUUCGUGCUUUGCUUCACCGUCUGUCUGGCUCUCGUGAAUCACUCCAAAUGGAAACAGCUCCCGGUCAUGCUUAUCAUUUCAUUAUCGGGUUACGUGGUGAGCUACUUCAGUUCCAAGAGAUUCAUCUCCAAUACUCAGGUGUCCAAUGCCCUGGGUGCAUUCGUCAUCGGGGUCCUGGGCAACGUCUACAGCCGAGUCCGCCAUGGCCUUGCAGCAGCUGCCAUGCUUCCCGCCAUCUUCGUACUGGUUCCAUCCGGUCUUGCAGCCAGUGGCUCUCUCAUCUCCGGCAUCACAUCUGCAGAGGGUAUGACUGGGGCACCGUACGGUGUUAUUUCAAAUGGCACGCAGGGAUUCAUGGACGCCGCAAGGAACAUGACUAUCACUCAAACCCGUAAUCAGAACUAUGGCGUGGCCUUUGAUAUCGGCUACGGCAUGAUACAAGUGGCGAUUGGUACAUCCGUGGGGCUCUUUCUGGCCGCACUCAUGGUCUACCCCUUGGGUAAGAAACGCAGCGGGUUAUUCAGUUUCUAG